UGAUCCAAUCUGAGCCCCGCAAAAAGCUGUUACCAUCUGAAAUAGACGUCGUGUGUGUUGCUCUCUGUAUUCAUGUUGCGCUCAAACGAAUGCUAGAAAAAAAAAUCCCAUUUCUUUUUUUUUCUUUUCUUUUUUUUCCUUCCUUUUUUGCGGAUCGUCCUCAAAGCCAGAUAGGACAUGAAGGCUUCCUUGGCAACUGAUCUCGACGAACAACAGAUUUCAACCUGUGGAUAGUGUGGAGCGCGUCUGUGGCCACCGGCCAGUCUCCGCUAUCUGGGACGCUCUGUCUCCAGCCCGCUGUGCGCUUUUUGUCGCUGGCUCCGGUCCGUGGCGGUGUGGGAUCCGGUGUUCCGUUGACCUCAGCUGUGAACAGAUUUUCAGUUUAUGAAUGGCACUGACAUGGAGGAAAUACCGUUUCAGAAAGUCAAAACCAGGCGGAAGAGAAGUCACUGUCCACCGGGCGUCCCUUUGACCACCAUCGUCUGUGAGGACGAGUUCGACUGCAAGGAGCUGGAGUCUCUCUUCCAGAACUAUAACCUGAAGCUGGAGCAGACGUCCACUCUCAAAGCCCUGGCCGUCCUCAUCUUCAUGGCAUCAACGCUGGCCGUCGUGGAGUUGCUGUCCGGCCCCAGCCUCACCAUCUCCAAGGGGUCCCAUCCGGUCCACUGUAUCAUCUUCGUCUCCCUGUUCAUUGUAACUAAUGUCAAGUACCUGCAAGUGACUCAGCUCCAGCAGAUCGUCAACCUGACGUUGCUCUUCGGCUUCACGUUUUCCUUCCUCUGCUGUCCCUUCUCCCUCGGCGCGAUGGGGAUGGAGCCCCCGACGUCCCCGGAGCAAGGCAUGUGGCAGCUCAUACUUGUCACCUUCGUCGCCUAUGCGCUCCUGCCUGUGCGGACACUCUUGGCUGUUGUGUUUGGAAUAAUGGUGUCCAUCUCACAUAUGAUUGUCACUGCCACUUCGGUCACAGUAAAAACGCAGAAACUAUGGAGAACGUUGGUUGCCAACACAGUGCUGUUCACCAGUGUCAACCUGUCAGGGCUGUUUGUACGCAUCCUGACAGAGCGAGCCCAGAGGAAGGCCUUCCUGCAGGCUCGCAACUGCAUCGAGGAGCGACUCCGCAUGGAGGAUGAGAAUGAGAAACAGGAACGCCUAUUAAUGAGUCUGCUGCCCAGGAAUGUAGCUAUGGAGAUGAAGGAGGAUUUCCUGAAGCCUCCAGAAAGGAUCUUCCACAAAAUCUACAUCCAGCGUCAUGACAAUGUCAGCAUCCUGUUUGCAGAUAUAGUCGGAUUCACCAGCCUAGCCUCCCAGUGUACAGCCCAGGAGCUGGUUAAACUACUAAAUGAGCUAUUUGGAAAGUUUGAUGAGCUUGCCACGGAGAACCACUGUAGGAGGAUUAAGAUCCUGGGCGAUUGUUACUAUUGUGUGUCUGGACUGACCCAACCCAAGACCGACCACGCCCACUGCUGUGUAGAGAUGGGCCUCGACAUGAUUGACACCAUCACGUCGGUAGCAGAGGCCACUGAGGUCAACCUAAACAUGCGCGUGGGCUUGCAUACAGGUCGGGUGCUGUGUGGGGUCCUGGGCCUGAGGAAAUGGCAGUAUGAUGUGUGGUCCAAUGAUGUGACCCUGGCCAAUGUGAUGGAGGCAGGAGGACUACCUGGGAAAGUUCACAUCACCAGAUCAACACUGGAGUGCCUGAACGGAGACUAUGAGGUGGAGCCAGGCAAUGGACAUGAAAGGAACGCCUUCCUCCAAAAACAUGAAAUUGAAACCUUCUUUAUAGUGCCAUCUCACCGACGGAAGAUAUUCCCAGGAUUGAUUCUUUCGGAUAUAAAGCCCGCCAAAAAGAUGAAGUUCAAAACUGUGUGCUACUUACUGGUGCAGCUCAUGCACUGCAGGAAGAUGUUCAAGGCUGAGAUUCCUUUCUCUAACGUCAUGAAUUGCGAGGAUGGCGACAAGCGGAGGGCUAUGCGGACAGCUCCAGAGAAGCUGAGGAAUCGUACCAACACCAACCAGGCCAACGCGAUCCAGAGCAGCCCCAGAACCAGGGUCAACCGCUACAUCGGUCGGCUGAUCGAGGCCCGCCAGACUGAGUCAGAUACGGCAGACCUCAACUUCCUCACACUCAUGUACAAGUGCUCUGAGCGUGAGCAGAGGUACCACCAGGUUCCUGAUGAGUACUUCACCAGCGCGGUGGUCCUCUCUCUGAUCCUUGCUGCCUUGUUUGGCCUUGUCUACCUUCUCAUCAUACCACAGGGCACAGUGGUCCUGGUCCUUCUUGUCUUCUGCAUCUGUUUCCUAGUAGCUUGUAUCAUGUACCUGCAUGUCACUAGAGUACAGUGUUUUCCAGGGUGCCUGACCAUUCAGAUUCGUACUGCUCUGUGUAUUCUCAUAGUGCUCUUAAUCUACGCUGUAGCCCAGGCCUGUGUGGUGGGCUGCAUGCCCUGGCUGUGGGGUAGUGGUGCCAACUCCAACAGCUCCAUUAUCAUCAUCGACGCUGAUGGUGGUGCCAACCGCACCAUGGCGGAGCUGCCCUGCGAUGGUGCCCGCUAUGCCUUCUUGUCCUGCGUGGUGGGAACACUCACCCUAGCUCUCUUCCUGCGUGUCUCCUGGCUGCCAAAGAUGGCGCUAAUGCUCCUCUUGGGUGUGUUGUAUGUCACUGUGCUGGAACUCAGUGGCUUCCGCAAAACUGCAGGUGGGGGGUCUCUCCACAUCCGGGGCUAUGAACCGAUCCUCUCCCUGCUGCUCUUCACCAGUGCCCUGGUCCUCCACUCCAGACAACUCGACCUCAAGCUACGUUUGGACUUCCUAUGGGCUGCACAGGCGGAGGAGGAAAGGGAUGGCAUGGAGAAAGUCAAGCUGGACAACCGGCGGAUUCUCUUCAAUCUGCUGCCAGCUCAUGUGGCUCAGCACUUUCUAAUGUCCAACCCCAGGAACAUGGUGAGCGUCGCUGCGGGACAGGAUCUGUACUAUCAGUCCUAUGCACAAGUGGGUGUCCUGUUUGCCUCCAUCCCAAACUUCAACGACUUCUACAUCGAGCUGGAUGGAAACAACAUGGGAGUGGAGUGCUUGAGACUGCUGAAUGAAAUAAUAGCUGACUUUGAUGAGCUCAUGGAUAAAGAGUGCUACAAAGACAUCGAGAAAAUCAAGACCAUUGGCAGUACAUACAUGGGAGCUGUGGGUCUCGUCCCCACCAUCGGUACCAAGGCUAAAAAAUCAGUUUACGACCAUCUGAGUACACUAGCAGACUACGCCAUUGAGAUGUUUGAUGUUUUGGAUGAAAUCAACUAUCAGUCAUACAAUGACUUUGUCUUGAGAGUGGGCAUCAAUGUGGGUCCAGUGGUAGCAGGAGUGAUUGGCGCAAGGCGGCCUCAGUAUGACAUCUGGGGGAACACAGUCAAUGUGGCCAGCCGGAUGGACAGCACUGGAGUUCCUGGAAAAAUACAGGUUACCGAAGACGUCUAUCGCCUGUUGAACACCAACUAUGACCUGGUGUGCCGUGGCAAGGUCAGCGUCAAGGGUAAAGGUGAGAUGCUCACCUACUUCCUGGAAGGAAAGGUCCAGGGCGUCGGCACCAUAACCACGUCUUCGGUGAUGCGUUCUGCCAGCCUGGCACGCCGGAUACACUCCUGUGGCAAGGCCAGUAGUGUCCAGACUAAACUGGACAGCGCCUCCUCUUCAGCCAGCCUGACUGUUCAUGCCAGCAUGCAGAUGAGCACCGCCAACAGCAGCAAUGUUCAAGGAAGCUGCCUGCCCUCACCGUGCGUGCCCACAGUGGGUGAGGAGGAGGAGGAAGACGAGGAUGGGUUAGAGGUGACACAGAUUCAGAUUGAGGGUGUGGCAGCUGUUGCGGAUGUGGCGGUGUAAGUCAAGGAGGUGCAAAAAAACAAAACAAAACAACAACAAAGAAUUAAAACUGUAAACUCUGGCGGAAAAAAGGAAGAACCUUGUUGGAGCCCUACAGAAGACAGGGGUAUCUAGGUGCUUCUGAUGACUCCUGGGUGACUGGCAUCACCCAUAAGCUCAUCCAGGAUACAAAUUCCUUGAAUCAUGAAAUGGCGAUAUGGAUGAUUGUGUUUACUAUUGGAGGUACAACCAUACAAGUACGGGGCAAAGAAGAUCCUCAACUCCUCUCAACAUUUCCCUACCGGAUGAUUUGGCUUGUGGUUUACCUGGAUUGCCUCAGAUCCACAUACAGUGGGUGUCUUCUUUUUGCAUGUACAUGUUCCAAGAAGAGGGGAUAUGUGCAGCUCAGUGAUAUCCACAAACAGACUGAUCAUGCUCAUGCUUUUGUACCAUGUUCUCUGAUUAUGCCAAGGAUACAUUGCAUUAUUUAGUAUAUAAAAAAAAAUCAUAUCUUCAUUUUGUUGUCGUAUGUAAGCAUGCAUGUGUGUUCCUGUAUGUGUGUAUGCAUGUGUGUGAUUAAUUUUAAAUUGUAAUGGAACAGCACAAACUACUUUUUAUACUCAGAGCUCUUUGGAUAAUAUGCUUUUUUUUUUUUUUUUUUUGGAGACAUAUUCAAUAGUGCAUGACUUUCUAAGAGUUGACAGCCAUAGGGAACGGUACACAUGGUGGGAGAAAACCAAAGUAAUGAGCUCUCCACAGAUUUUGAGUUUCACUUCAUACGAAUGAAAAAGAAGAGAAAAUGCUAUAGUAGGCUCACAUUCUUUGGUGUUAUUUUUUUUAAUUUUUUUUUUUUCAUUCACAAAAAUGACUUCAUUGCAGUCGCACAAAACAAAAUAUUUUCAUCCAUCAUCCACUUGAGAGAAAUGCACUCAUGUGUCCCAGGGAUGUAUUGCACAGUCUGUAAAAUUGUAAUCUGUUGACCUCAAAAGUGUCGAUGGGGAGGAGAGGGACAAGUACUGGAUUAUUUGAGCCAACAAGUGAAGGCGUGUUCAUUUUCUGCUGAUGAGGGCAGUUACAACAAACACAGACACAAUUUGGUUGAAAAGCAUGAAUUUUAGAAAUCUCUGUUAACCUAUUUUUCAAUGCCUGAUGUUAUUUAAUGGUGCCGGAGCAUGUGGCCUGUGUUAAGACUGCACAGGAAAUAAUGGCUAUGGCUUUGAGGAGGCAGAGGGAGGAGCAGGGGAAGGAGCGUGGACCCAAAGAGUAAUGUCUUCUGAGCUGGACGUGUGCUGCUAUGGAAACUCUAGUUAAUGCCAAACCUGGACUAGACACAAGUAGUAUAGUGAAAUAUGUCACUCACACACACACACACACACACACACACACACACCACGAGCACUCAAAGGCAUUGAGGAAGGCAUUCAUCCACACAAAAGAUGGCACACAGUUAAGCACAUACACUAAGCACACAAUUUCUACAAACACACAAAGAUGUAACCUAGUGCUUUACACUUGGCCUCUGCAAAUGGUCCAUGUACAUUCACACAUUUACUAGAGGCCACAGAAACUUUGGUGCAGAGUCUGGCUACUGUUGUCUUUCACGUGUACAUGACAUAGCUGUACUCCAGCUUUUUAGCUGCUGUAAAAUUAAAGUAAAUUCUUAGUUUUCCUGAAACACAAAGAGCGAGCUUUAGCAGGUAUUUCAGACACAGGGUCAGACACGUGGGAUGCUUAAGUUAUCUCCACCUAUCGGGCAUAGAACUUUCACUUGAUCUGAAAAACUGUAAAUACAUCAUGUUUCAAGUUUUUGCCUUACAUAAACAAUAAGCUUACAGUGAUUGCAAACUGCCUUUUUAGAUAUAUUUCACUUUGAUAUGCAGAUCAUACUUUUUGUAAAUAGCCAAAAAAGCUGUAAACUAUGUUGUAUCUUGUACAGUGUAAAGUUGGGUUAUUGAAUAUUUUGUAAUAAAGAUAAUAUUGGUGUACAAAAUA